AAUGUACUAAACUAAAAUUUAUCUGGGUUAACGCAAUAGCCACAUUCUGCCGACUUGAAGGUUUCUUCUAGGUCUAGGAAGUUUUCUCUUGAGGAAGUUAAGAUAUGAUUUGUAAAGGUGUUGAAUUUGUUGUUGAUGCCUAGGUAGAUAACAAGCUGAAAUUGUCAGUUUAGGUAAAUAAUUUCAACAAAUUAAGAAAUUUAAUUGUUGAAAUUACUAACCUAAAGUGCACUAAUCUAAAUUUCCUCUGGGUUAAUGCGCUCAGCUCAUUCUGAAAACUUCAUGAAGGUUUCUUUUUGGUUUACGAAGUCUUGUCUUGAGAAAGUUUAGGUAUUAUUUGUUGUUGAUUUUCAAAUAGAUAAAAACUGAAAUUUUCAUGUGAAUAAUUUCAACAGUUCAAGAAUUGGAAUUGUUGAAAUUGCUUACCUAAAAUGUACUAAAUUAAAAUUUAUCUGGGUUAAUGUGACAAGUGCACAUAGUCACAUUCUGCGAACUCCAAAAACAUUUCUUCUAGCUCUAGAAAGUUUAGUCUUGAAAAAGUUAAAAUAUUAUUUGUAAAGGUUUGGACUUGUCGUCGGUUUCUUUGUAGAUAACAAGCUGAAAUUGUCGGUUUAGGUAAAUAAUUUCAACAAAUUAAGAAAUUUAAUUGUUGACAUUACUGACCUAAAAUGGAAUAAUCUAAAAUUUCUCUGGUUUAAUGGGACUAGUGCAAUAGCCUCAUUUUGCAAACUUUAAGGUUUCUUUUUAGUUCAAGCAACAAAAAAUAAUUUCUUGUCUUGAGAAGUCUUGUAUUGAGAAAGUUUAGUUAUUAUUUUUUGUUGAUUUAUAAAUUGAUAAAAACUAAAAUUGUCAAUUUAAGUAAAUAAUUUUAACAGUUCAAGAAUUGGAAUUGUUGAAAUUACUAAUCUUAAAUAUAUGCAAUCGUCAAGGAUUUUUGUUAGUCUAGGAAGUAUUGUCGUGAGAAAAUAAGAGUAUUAUUUGUAAAUUGUUGUCGAUUCCUGGGUAGAUUCUGGUUUAUCUUCUGAAUGGAUUUCAAAAUUGUCGUUCAACCAAUUUACUUCGAUGUUAUCAAUAUCUUCCAAGUCUUGUUGACUUAUCUCAAAGUCCACAAACUCUCAUCCAUGCGACGACGUGACCGACGCGUUCAACGUCUUAAUCAAAGAGGAGAUAAGUAUUUAAGAUCGAUGUCUACGGACAAGAAAACGCCAAUUUCAUAUGUAAUACACAAUAACAUAUGAACCAGACGGAUUAUUUAUUGUCUUUUACCUCUUUGGAGUAUUCAUUGUCCAGGUGACCAAUGACAUAAUUAAAUUUUGUGAGGUCGCAUACACGAGUAAUUCCGCAUAUGGUGAAUUGGCCCUGAACUGAAAUGUUACUUCGUCGUUUUGGUACGUCGUCGAACAUUUUGCCAUUGAAGAAUGAUAAUUAAGUAAUAUUUAAGUCUUUGGCAAUAUUUAUAAUCUAACGUUAUUUUUAAUCAGCCUUCAAAGUUUUAUAUUAAGUACAACUUAAACUAAAUAAUAAUCAGAUGUUGGUAGCGAUAAUAUUUUUGAAAUAAAGUUAUCAAGCAAACAUGCUAUUAUAUUAACAACUAUUUCCAUGUGUUUCUCCGCGCAAUUUUCAUAGGGCGAAAGUAUGCAACAUCUAAAGGGUCAUUAUCUCAUCAUCUCAUCGGGCGAUGCUUCUGCGCUCGCCCAAACCCCCCGGUGACGCCGUAGUGGUCCCACAUGGAGCCAUCGGCACUUACUCAACACGAAAAAAAAAAAUUCUGUGCGUUUCUCCACGCAAUUUUCAUAGGGCGAAAGUGCAGUAAGUGCGUUGUAUUCGGAGGAAGGCAAAUAAAUGCAAUGUUAUUUGCUUCGCGGUUAGCCAUGACUUCUAGAAUAAUAUGAGAACUGAGAUUGUCGCCCACUAAUACUUUUUUACCGGUUUGUUUUUUUUAAACUGGCAACAUAGUAAAAUGAAACCAAUCUUUGAAGCACUGAGCAUCAAACCAGCCCGAUUUGGUACGGUUGUAACGAGCUUCUUUGGGCCCGUUCUCAGUCCAAGUCUCCCACAUGUUUUCGGCUUUGUAAACAACGUAGACAGGUGCCAUUUCUGUUGCACUACCACAUAUCAUUAUUGAUGUCGACGCUUUCGAUGACUUUCUUGUAAUCUCAGGAUAUUUGGUCCCACGCUUUACCAAAACUUUUACAGGGUCGUCAACUAGGCAAGUUUCAUCAUAAUUCCAGAUAUUUGUAUCUGGUUCGCCUUCAGUCUCCUUUUCGAAGUUGACGAAAAAAUUCGUUGACUAUAGUUUCAUUUACCUCUGCUCGGCCAUGAGUAAUAUUCCUAGCCACUCUAUGAGACAGAAGAGAUUUAUGGCGUUUCAAAAAGGAGUGGGCCUAUUGACUAUUUAGUGCUUCUAUGUCAAGAUUCGAAGAAAAUGAUGUUCUACGCUCCCGACCAAUACCCAAGGCGUCAAAGAACCUCCAGACUUUUGCUGCAUCCUUAUUUUCUACGGACUUCUUUUUACUUCUUUGCUAUUGCUUCUGCCAAUGUCAGUUAGCUUUUCGUAGCAUCUAGCACAAUGUCUUCUUUUUGGACCCAUUUCAAGAACGUGUCCAGAGAUUUUUCUUUUUUAGAAUGAGAGGGACAAAUACAAGAAUAGAGUCGUCGUUAUCAACCCAUAUUCGGCUCACUGCUGAGCACGAAUCUCCUCUCAGUAUGAGAGAAGUUACGCACCACGCUGGCCCAAUGUGGAUUGGCAGACUUCACACACGCAGAGAAUUAAGGAAAUUCUCUGGUAUGCAGGUUUCCUCACGAUGUUUUUCCUUCACCGUUUUUCUAUCAUACCUCUCAUUUAUUACAUUUCUAUUACGCUCCUCAAAGGAUACAUACGUACAUGUCGUGGGCCGGGACUAAAAAGUCGUUCCAGUGUUACAGUGUUGCACGGACAUAUAGCCAAAAAUUUUAAAAAGCUUGUAUUGAUCGUAAUGUAUUGAUGAUAUAUUUGUUUGUUUUUACUCAUAAAAAAACUUACUCUUCCGGUGAAAAAUUGAGCUUGAUUGGUGAUAAUAACGACCGAGGCCUGCUUAGACGCCACAUGCGACGUUUCUUCAUUCCAAAACGUAAAAAAAAAUACUGCGUGUAACUUGUAAAUUUAGUUCCCACAACGAUGCUAUAAAUACCAAUGACAUCGGAAAUUAGAAAAUUCAGAUAUUGAAAAUUUUGAGCACGCAAUAAUAAUAAUAAUAGAGAUAACAACGCUCCGCAUUCUACUACGCUGGUACGUUCUGUGCGGUACAGGUGCCUGGGUUGUCUUUUUAAAAAAAAAAAACGAUACACGAAUUAUGUUUUAAGCAACCGUCGGGUAUGGAAGCGGGAUGAGACUGAGGGCUGGUCAGGCGGACGAAAUACUUGUUGGUGAGGAAAAAGCUUAAUUGGCGAAAUGUCAGCAGGAAGGGGUGCUAAGAACACUUAUAACAGUAUGCAUCGUAACAAAUCAGCUGACUACACUACCUAUUUAAUAGGUAUAUAUUUUCUUGACUUUUUUUUUUAAAGAAUAUUUGCCAUAUCUUUUAUAAUAUGACCAAAAUUCCCAUUCCCCUCCAACUAGUCGGGAAAGACUGCUAGGAGUGGGUAUGACAAUAGACCAACGGGGCGGGGAUCGGACCACCACCCCUCGAUGAUGAGCCCGACCGCUCUUACCGUUGAGCUAUUGAGGCUUUUGGACUUAUUCUAUUAGGUAGUUAACUUACUUCAGAUUGUCUGAUAGGAUAGGGCUUGAAAUGACCGCCACCCACUGGGUCGCAGAUCCGAGCGCGACGCAGUGUUUCAGCGUGGAGCCGUUGCUUAAAGUUGUAUCUCGAGAACACUCCUUACUUUGUAAAUGCAUUUAAAAUCCUCACUCGUAUUGCGUCUGCAGUAAGGCACUCACUUGCGAACACUUUGUCUUCAACAAAGAAGAAAAAAGUUAAAGGGUGUCCGGUGACUGUGGUGCCUAGACUUGAGGACCAAGUCUUCUAAUCCAGCUUUCACCAAAAGCGUCAGUUAGCCAUUUCCGCACAGGAAAUACCACAUGUGGUGGAGCACCAUCAUGUUGAUACCACGUAUUCCGCAAUAGAGCCAACAUCAUCUCUUAUACAAAUUUCUGUAUCUUCGUUUGGAGGAAUUCGUGAUACAGUGUUCCGUUUAAUCGCUCUGGUAAAAAGAGAGGUCCUAUAAUUUGGUUUUUAAAAAUACCGGCCCAAACGUGCACAGACCAACGUGCUUGAUGCCCGGUCUGCUGUAUCGCAAAUGGAUUAUUGUGAGCCCAAAUGUGAGAAUCCCGUCUAUUCCACAUUCCGUUCCUUGUGUGAGUGGACACAUUAGUCCAUAUCACAUUGGCAGCUAACCCGGGUUUUGAAACCACAGACAGUAUUAUAUAUGUAGAUUAGUCGCUGAUUUUCGUUCCUCCAGAAUUGUCCGUGGAACUGUUGAACUUUGUUCCACUUUUCGUUUGAUCGACAGACCCAUUGUUUAUUUUAGUGUUAUUUUCCAUAAUACAGUUAACCUUAUCCUUGAGGCUGAUUAGUUCACUCUGAUAGUCGCUUAUAGGAGAUAAUUUUGAUUUUGAUUUUCACUAGCCUGUUAAGUUCGACCUCAAUGCCCUAUUGAGUGAGAGUGAGACGCCUAUGGUCGUUAGAGGUAUCGCAUAUUCUUAUAGUCGUAAGUCGGGCGUUAGGAACGGGGAUUUGUUUAUGCCAUGCAUCCUUGUCCGUGAAGAACAUGGGCGGAAUCUUUUCCUUGCGAGGUUGCUGCAUGGGAGCAUCCUGGGACAUGUGAUAUUGUGUCUCCACAUGCAUGGAUGGUUAUCAUUGUUGGAGUUGAGUUCGUCAUACAAGUUCUUUACUUCUUGAAAGUGGUGCUGUUCAGUUUCUGCGCUCUAGCUGGGUUCUUACGGUUCGGAUUGAAAUAUUUGGGUUACAUUUCAUGAUCAUGUUGUUCAAAUUAAAAAAAACAAUAACGGGGUACUACAAAAACGAUUCUUGUAAUAAAAAACUUAUUAACUCUAAUCUUAUAAUAAUAUAUGUAGUUUCACAAACGGUGACAGUUAACUAUUAUUAUUUAUCCAAAACCAGAUAUUACUUCACUUCACAUAUCACUGGUGGGUUUACUUUUCCCUCUUUAUCACUUCGAUAAAAAUUAAGUAUAAGGAUUGUAGAAAAUUCUUAGUUAUUGUAAAAAUUCAGUUAGAUAACAAGAUCUUCUCAAUAAAUAUUUAAGGUACCUUUUACUUUCCUUGCUCCAGGAACAGCCGCAUUAGGCCUUCUGAUUGAAAUAUGGUUAAUCUCUCACAUGCAAGUGGACUUCGUUUGAAUAUUUCUACAAUCUGUUUGACUUUUAUGUUGACGUCUUUUAUUUCUUUUAAAGCGGAUUGUACAAUCAGGUAUUUGCUUCCACUUAUUUAUUCUAAUUGCACCUUUAAUGUUGAAAGCAUUGUCACUCGUCGCUGCGACAAUAUCAACUUUAAUUUCCCAAGUGUCUGUAAUUUUUUGAAGUCGUUCUGCUAGGUUUUCGUAAGUAUGUCUGUCUGGAAACUGAAUGCAUUCUAAUAAAGAUUUUAGUUCUGCCUGUUGGUUAAAAAAUGUACCGUUACUGUGCAAUAUAGUUGCCGUUGGGAGCGGAUGUCCAGCCAUCAGUUGUUAUGCUCACAUAUUCUGAAUUAUUGAUUUCUGACUCACUAUUAGUUUAGUUUGGUUGUAUAAGUUUGUUAAUGAAGCAUUCGAUAAUGUCUUGCGACUAGGUAAUUGAUAUGCUGGGUUUAAUUCUUUUAUAAACUCUUUGAGCUCUGCAGAUUCAAUGACAUUGAAGGCUAAGUAAUUUUUUGAGAAAACUUUCACUAAUAAUUUUUAAUAUUUAAAUGUUCUGUUAUUUUUGCUGAAAGUGGCUUAUAAAAAUAUUGUGCUAAUUUUGGGUUAGUGGUCAGGCUUUUUAGUUUAUAUAGAUCGGUGCUUGUGCUGGUGGUAGUUAGUAAAGGCAGUUGAACCAGAUGAUGUAGAUGAGGUAGACGUGGAAGCAGCGGGUAUCUGAAGUUCAAUUCUGGGUGAAUCAGUAGGUGUUGUGGAGUGACGGACUUCUGUUGCAGAGGAAGCUAUUGAAACAGGUGAUACAGUGUCUGAUCAAGUUGUAAGCACCGCCAUCUUUCUCAAAUUAAAUCAAGUUAAAGUUAAAUCGGAACACUAGCGGAGAGAAACACACUCAUGACCGCUCUCGUCCGCGCUCCGGUGCUGAAUCCCUUGUUAUUUACGUAUGCGAACUAACGCCCGCGUAACAAGUUUCUACUGUAACAAGUGUAACUAUAAAAACAAUCCAAAUAUCAUUUAGACAGGCACAAGAAAUGUCACUAACGAAAGGCCGUAUUCAUGCAAAUUGUGCAGCUUCACAAGCAAGCGAAAAUAAUUUACGCUUCGCUUGCUUGUGAAAACACAUUAUGCGGUCACAUAUUCUCCUAUUGUUCAUGGAAGAUCACGUGAACAAAGUGACCUAAAGACAUAAGCAUAAUGAGGACGUUAAGCAAAAUACACAGUAAAAUAAUCAAAGCAAUGUAUUUAUCAAUUAAGACUAAUCACACCACUUCGGUUAUUUAUUAAACUAUCAUUUGGCAUAGAAUUUGGUGAUGUAAAUAAUAAAGUGACGUUGUAAUGAAAACCCCAUCGUGCCCCAGGGUAGGGGCAGAAUGGGGUACGUUUUUAUUUUGCGUCACAGUCCAAGCAGAUGUGGAUUUCUUCUGUAUUAUCGUCGUCUACACCAGCACAAGCUGUAUGAGCCCACCGUCCGCAUAUUUGGCAAGCCACCCAACCUUCACAAGACUUUAAAUAAGUGUUGUUCACGUCAAGGCAGUACAGGCACAUGGUAUCCUCGUCGGUAUUCUCUACACCAGAAGGAGCUUUUUGGGUCUUCUUCUUUAACUUGGGGUCAUUGGGAUUGGAACACUUUUUCGUUUUCUUAAGUUGUUCUCGUUCUUCUAACUCAAUUUUGUAGGGGGUUGAAGUGAGGACAAAAGUUUUUCCUCGGCGAUAAUUUUUUCUCGUUUGGUUUCUUUGUUCGACUGUCGGGAUCGCGAGAAGUUCUUGAGGCGAAGCAUUUGCAAACGAAGUUGUUAAAUCACGACAUAAUUUUCAAAUCAGUUAUUUUGAGGUAUUUACAUUUAAACACAAUUUUAGGGACGCCGUACUAAGUAAUAGGCACACAGCAAAAUCAGCUGAUAUGUUAGCGAGCACCGAGGGCCGUUGACCUUUGUGCGUUUAUUUUAUGUUAGUUUGAUAACAUUUCUUUGUCAGUGUCUUACAAAGUGCCACCAACUUAGUUACCUAAAUGCGCAGUUUGUUUGGUAAUACUGUGUCCAUUAUUUUGUUAUUUUUAAAUCAUAAAUUGAAAAAAUAAAAAUUACAUAAAAUGUACCGAAGUGUUUGUAGAUUUAUGUUCAUGAUACAGAACCUCGAAAAAAAAUAUCCGCACUUAUAAACUAAAUCAUCCUGUAUAAUAGAUUAUUGAACACCCUUUGAUAUUAGACAUCAAGCAUUAGGAAAUAUAAAUAUAAGAAAAAUAGAAAGUUAUAGAUCAAAAUGCUUAAUGAUUAGACUUUUUAAAAAUAACAGUCUGUCAAGUCCUUUUGGAUCCAAGCGGCUUCCGCUGUCCGCAAUCGAAAAGAGGCUCUCGCAAGGUACAGAUAAAUCGAGUGUUUUUGUUCAAUCCAAUAAGCUAUGGGAUAAUUUUUUAAGUGCACAACUGCUUGUACUUAGAAAUGCUUAAACUCUUCAAUAAGCCGUGAGUUUCCAGUGCAUUAGGCUGGUUUUACAGUCACGCCGCUAGACGCGCCGUUGGACAGCGCGCGUUUGAACAGCGGUGCACCAACUAGUACGGCGCUCCUCAAUUAGUACGGCGCGUUUCGCUGCUGUGAGACAGUCGUGUACAAACAGAUACAAAAUGAACGGCAAUGCGGUUAGAGUACUGGCUAUUUACUUUUUAUGGAAAAAAAGGCAACAAAAACGUCGAAGAACAGUAGGUGUUGAUCCUUAUAACGCUACAAGGUUACUGAGAGGCAAACACGUAACAUCUUUCUCUGAUUUACGAGAAAAUAGUUAUAAAUUUUAUAAAUAUUUUCGCCUAUCAACCAGCAGUUUCGACGAAUUACUGUGCAAGUUAGAGUUUUCUUUACGAAGAUCCAGCAUACGUCGCAUCCCCAUAGCUCCAGUGGAAAAAUUGGCGAUUACUCUAAGGUUUUUGGCAACGGGCAGUACUUUCUCCGAUUUAUCUAUCACAUACAGAAUGGGAAUCACUACUGUAGCUAAGAUAGUAGAUGAAGUUUGUUCGACUAUAUGGGAAAAACUGCGUCAUGAAUGUCUACCUGAACCAACUACAGAAAUGUGGCAGCGCAUAAGUGAAGAAUUUCAGUUAUAUGCAAAUUUUCCAAAUUGUUGCGGGGCGAUAGAUGGUAAACACAUACGUAUAGUAAAUCCUGCAGGUGGAGGCUCAAUGUUUUAUAAUUAUAAACAUUUCUAUUCUAUCGUCCUUUUGGCAAUGUGCGAUGCGAACUAUUGUUUCACAUAUAUUAACAUAGGUUCUUGCGGGAAAAACUCAGACUCUACAAUAUUUCAAGAGAGUUCACUAUUUCAAAAGUUACAGAACAAUAGUUUGAGGUUGCCAGGUGUAAAGCAUCUGCCGGGCACUAAUAUAACAGUACCACACAUAAUAGUUGGUGAUGGUGCAUUUGGUAUAUCCAACCAUGUGAUGAGACCUUAUGUGCGAUCCAACAUGACUCAUAAAAAGAAAAUAUUUAAUUACCGCUUAAGUCGUGCUAGACGGUACAUAGAGUCGACGUUUGGAAUAAUGUCCAACAAAUUCAGAGUAUUCCAUACUACUAUGAGUGUCAGUUUUCCUAUUGCAAAAAAGAUAGUUCAAGCCUGUUGCAUAUUGCAUAAUUUUAUUAGAGUACGGGAUGGCUACAACGUUAAUCACACAUUAACUAUAACGGGAUUGACUGAUCUAAUUAACGACCCAGAUCAUAGAUCAGGAAACACAUUACGCGAUAUAUUCGCUAAUUACUUCGUAUCACCCACUGGUAGCGUGUCAUGGCAAGAUAGAUCUGUGUUCUGAUUUUAUAGUUGACACCUACUGCGAAAUUCAAAAAUGGAACGAAACGAAACGCAGUAAUAUCGUCGUGGCUUAUUUGAUUUACCUACCCAAUUAAUAUUUUUCACUAGGUGACCCGGCAGACGUUUAUGUUUUAAUGGAGGAUGGAGGAUUUCGUUUGUGCAACUAGCGGUAAACAUGUAUGUAACAAAAAAGAUUUUAUUAAUAAAUGUUUCUUACCUAA